GACCAAACGGCCCAGCGGUGGUCACCGAAUCAUAUCUUUCUCUGGGCACAAGAAGUUAGACCUCAGAACAGGUGACCAAGUGACCAGAAGAGACUGGGGACCUAUAAGUAGCAUUCGUCACGGUUAACAGAAACUCCAGCAGUUGCCUUUUAAAUAGUCCCAAGUCUUUAGCCUUCCACUCGCUUAUCAAGUAUGGCGCUGGAUAGAAUUUCAAAGGUGUUGAUAGUCUUUCUGGUGGUGUGUGACGUCAGCCUUUCACAGUUGAAUGAAGAGGAGGAAGUGUGUGAGACAGCGGAUGAUGCAACGACCACUUGGGCCAGCCUUACGCAACAGAUUCCAGUCAAUUACCACAUCCACACCAGUAACGUAAGCAUCCCUCAUAAUUUUGUACCGGAUUGCCCAUCGUACUCGUCUGGCUACUCCAUUGAAGAAUUGUCAUUGUGUCCUUGGACCUGGGCUGUGCACACCGAUCAUGAAAGAUUCCCACCUAAUAUGGUCUACGCAGUGUGUACCUGCGGUAACUGCGGGAACCCAAGAUUCGGGAGGGUCAUGAGGUGUAGGCCGCUCUAUUACGUGUUUCAAGUCGUCAAACGUAUGUGUCAAAACGGGCUGUACAGAUAUUUCUUCACUCAGGAGCGUCUUCCCAUUGCCUGCGUGUGUGCCCACAGGCCCGUGACCUUCAUCACCCCUGUGCCUCGUUAAGCUGAUGACAAAAAUGAUCAAUGCAAACUGAUUGGCGGACUGUUAACAUCUUUCUCAUUACAAUUUUUCCUUUCAGCUAGAAAUUCGUGCGCCAUUUUCGCAUAGGAAAAUAUAGAAGUGAUAAACAGAAAUGAAGAUUUAUAAAACAAGGACUACUUUUUUCACAUUGAUGCCAACUUUUAUCAAUUUUAUUUUCCUGCUUUCUGAGAUUUCGUCUUCCGAGCUUUCUCAAGUCAAUCCACUUCCUCAAAAUCUUGAUUUGAAAUCAUGUCUGAUUUUUUUUUAAUGAUCUGGAAAUUAAGUAGGUCACGUCUGCUCUUACAAAUAAAAUAAUUAUGGGCAAAAUA